GAGCUUCACCAGUAGGUGCUGGUGGCCUCUACAUCACCAACCACGCUCUCACGGUCACCAUGUCGGGCGUGAUCACCACUAUGUUACUAUGUGCACCAAGUAUAAUAUGUGUUCCAUGACUCCUGUCGGGACCACCACGGAAGGACUGAGCACCAUUAGGUUGACAUAAGCAUCAUUACGUUAUCGUAAGCAUUGCUGCAUCUGUCACGAAUAUAAGCACCACCACGCCUGUCAUGAGCACCACCACGCCUGUCAUGAGCACCACCACACCUGUCAUGAGCAACACCACGCCUGACAUGAGCACCAUAACACCCAACUCAAGCAACACAUUACCUAAUACUGACCUCUUUGUGACCCUGAGUGCCGAGGCGGUGGGUCGCUUCAUGAUCAAGAAGAUGGAGGAGCUCAGCACCCACUUGGGCCUCAACACCUCCACCCUCUACGACGAGCUCCACAGUUUCGCCAAGGACAGCUUUCCUGCCAGCACUGGCGACGUGACAACGAUCCUGGCGAAGGAGGACUUCCGGAACUCUGCCUUGGCGGUGGUGGAGAUCGUGGUGUUGGUGCUGAUCAUGGUCGUGGCGGUAAUCGGAAACGUGUUUGUGUUGAUCGCUCUGUGGCGUCACUCGCUCUUCCAGCCCAUGUCGCGGUGUUACCUGUUCAUGCUGCACCUGAGCCUGGCUGACCUGCUCGUCGCCCUCCUCAACAUCCUCCCGCAGCUCAUCUGGGAGAUCACCUACCGCUUCCGAGGGUCUGACCUCCUGUGUCGCUUGGUCAAGUACGCCCAAGUGUUCGUGCUCUACGUGUCAACUUACGUCCUGGUUUUCAUGGCAGUGGACCGUGCCCGCGCCGUGCAGGGUAGUGGGCGUGGGUCACUGCGGGCGGCGAGGCUGAUGGUGGCGGGGGCGUGGGUGUUGGGGCUAGUCCUGGCAACGCCCCAGACGCUGCUCUUCGCCGUGAGGGAGGUGGAGCCCGGCGUGCUGGACUGCUGGGUGGUGUUCGAGCUGGUGAGUGAACGCAUGUACGUGACGUGGUUCGUGGUGUCCGUAUUCCUGCUGCCCCUGGCCAUCAUCGCCGUCUGCUACGGCUACAUCUGUUGGGCAGUGUGGCACAGCGCGGGCACCACUUCACCCAGAUCUGCAUUGAGACGCCGCCUGUGUUUCGGCUGUCUGCGGUGGCAAUCCAGCGCUCCUUCUGAGAGGAGAAUGAGUAUGGAGCUACAGCCCAUCUCCAGAGUGAGGGGAGGCAGUCAUCACCACCACCUGCCGCAUGCCAUCACCCCUGUGGUGGACAAGGUGUCCGCCGCCAAGAUGAAAACCGUUCGCAUGACCUUGACCAUAGUCUUCGCCUUCGCCAUCUGUUGGGCACCCUUCUGCAUUGCUCAACUCCUCACGGUCUACAACAAACCCCAGGACUUGUCAACAAUGAACCCCGUGGCGGUAGUGUGUAUGCUGCUGGGCUCACUCAACAGCUGCACCAACCCCUGGAUCUACCUCUACUUCAGCGGCACACUCCUCAACCAGCUGCGGGUGGUCCUUGGGUUUGGACCAAGUUGUUCCAGCGACAACGUGUCCAUUGGCGACCAAGAACCACAACAACGGCGCCACGACCCCAGCAGACGACCUGUCACCCACUCCAACGUAGUCUAACACGACGAUGACGACAAUAACCUAACCUAACCUAACCUAACACGACGACAACACCAUAAAGAGAGAAAAAAGAUAGUGUGGGGGGGGACUCUGCGACGAAACGACCCUCAAGUAAACGACCUUUCAGUAAACGACCAAUUCCAGCUUGGUCUGACACGACAACAUAACCUAAGAAGGACAAUACGAGGAGUUAAGUGGAGCUAUAAGCCAGCACAGGUGAGUGAAACAACACAGUGAAUGUUUAUAUUAUGGUGUAAUGUUGUGAACUACAUACGUGCAUAGUGUAAGGCAAUUUGGA